AUGUCAAAAGCUGAAAACCCGGAGAUUCAACCGGUAGAGCUAGCUGCUCAAAGGGAAGAAGCUCUCUUAACACCUGAAAGCGAUAAGGACGAGAAAUUCCAUUCGAUCAACUCAACUCCAUACGAAAAGAACGAAAGUACAACGUUAGGAUACGAUCAUGAAGCUGAAUUUGGACAAGCUAAACUCAACGAUUUCGCCUUCAGGGAUGACGAAAAUGAGAAUCAAUACGAUUGGGAAUCGGAUGAAUUCAAAAAUAUACCCGAGAUAGUCAGAAAUACAGUUAGUUUUGAAGAUGAUCCGACUCUACCUGUUAUCACUUUUCGAGCGAUAGUCCUUUCCGCUCUGUUUUGUGCCAUUGGAAGUAUCGUAUCCCAAAUCUCUUACUUCCGUACGACCCAUGCGCCUUUCCCGGUAUUCUUCGUCAUCCUCGCUUCUCACCCACUGGGAAAACUUAUGGCUCGGGUGCUUCCUGACUAUAAAGUACCACUGGGAAGGUUCUCUUUCUCACUUAAUCCGGGGGCCUUCAAUGUCAAAGAACACGUCAUCAUUGGUGUCGCUGCCAACGCCGGGAGCCAGGGGCAAUGGGCCACUUACUUACCGACAAACGCUGCUCUUUUCUAUAACAUCACGAUGGAGCCCGCAAUAGCCCUUUUCUUCGGUUGGGGUGCGUCUCUUCUGGGAUCUCUUUCGCAGCUAUGUAUCCAGGGAACGACCGAAUUGCAUCUCGAACGAUCUCGUAAACAGAUGGAGUAUUCUGGCUAUCGAAACCAUAAAGUCAAUUUCAUCGUUGCAGGACGAGGCGGAAUAGGUUUAUUGAACAUUACAUUGGAUUGGUCAAAUAUCACUUCAACCGUCAUCACUUAUCCUUAUAGCGUUCAAGUGAUCAUCUUCGUCGCUUUCGUCAUCACUACUUGGAUCCUGAUCCCAAUAGCUUACUUCGGGAACGUAUGGGGUUCUCCAACUUAUAAUAUCAUGUCUAAUGGAGUUUUCGAAAAGAACGGCUCGUCGUAUCCCUUCAAUUCUCUCUUAUAUACCGAUGCUUCGGGCUCGCAAAUAUUCAACGAAACCAGGUACGACGAGAUUGGUCUCGCUUAUUCCGGUGCUCAGUAUCUUUGGGAGAUCUUCAUGUGGUAUGCCUCUUACAUCUCGUCCUUCGUGUGGUGUGGUCUUUUCCUUGGACCCAAUAUCGCACAUGUAUGGACAUCAUGGCGAGCGAGAAAGGCAGCACAUAACGAUCGACUCAGUAAACUCAUCCAAAAGUAUCCAGGCUUGACUUGGUGGGAAUGGGCUCUCCUCACUCUGAUUCCCUUCUUCAUGCUCCUCGGUGUGAUCCUCACCAAGAAGCUAUACAUGUCCACGUGGACGUACUUUGUCGCUCUGGGAUUUGGAGCAGCCGCGAUGUUACCUAUGAGUCUGAUCUACGCUGUAUCUGGAUAUCCAAUGAAAGUUGGCUUCUUCAAUGAGCUUGUCUACGGAUAUAUGAUCGAUGCUAAGGGAUCUUCCCGUCAUCCAUUGGGUCAACUGGCUUAUCGAAUUAUCUCCGGUAAUGUUUGGUAUGAUGCUAGGACUGUUUUAGAGGAUCAAAAGAUCGGACACUACUUCCAUAUCCCACCUCGAACCGUUAUCGGUAUCCAAAUCCUAGCCAAUAUGUUAGCCCUUCCAGUCAACUAUGGAGUGAUGAGAUGGGUCCUCGCCUCCAAAUUCGAUUAUGUCAGUGGGAAGAUCGCCGAUCCCGCAGGUCAGUGGACCGGUCAAGAAUUUAAGAGUUACAAUACAGCUGGGGUACAAUAUGCUUUGGUCGGCCCGAAGAGAUUGUUCGCUUCGAGUGUAUUUCAACCUGUCACUUAUGGUUUUGUUGCUGGAGCGGUCGCACCUUUGAUCAUUUGGCUACUGCACAAGAAGUUCCCCAAAGCCAAAUUCGAUUUAUGGAAUACUACCAUCUUCUUCUCGGGUGCGGCUACCUUCCAUGGUAAUCUCAGUACCGGUCCUUUCACUACAUUCAUCAUUGGGACUGUGUGGAACUUCUACUUGUUCAGAUAUAAGAGAAAGUUCUGGAACAUGUACGCGUAUAUUACCGGAGCUGCUUCCGAUACUGGAUGGAAUUUCAAUUUGUUAUUCAUCUUCUUGUUCCUGGGUACGACAGGUGCCGUCAUGCCUCACUGGUGGGGUAACAACAAGGACUCGAUUGAGCGAUGCUUCGCUCUUAAGAAGUAA